AUGUCUGUAAAAAAAAACGGAUCGUUAGUUGCUAAGAAUAAAAAUGAAAGAACAGUAAAUACAGACAAUUCGAGUGAUAAUUUUGACCCACCGGAUGGUGGUUGGGGCUGGAUUAUAGUAAUAGCAGCUGGAUUUUCUAACUUUUGUAUAUUACCAAUGCUGCAAUCUUUUGGGUUAAUAUUUCGAGAUAGAUUCGCUGAACUCGGGAUCAAUGCAUCACAAACAACAACUAUAUUGAAUAUAAACUGUGCGGUGACUUCUUGCAUCGGAUUAGCUAAUGGUCCACUGUUUAGAAAAUUCAGUUACAGGCAAAUAGGUUUGGUAGGCGCCACGAUUUGCGCUGUGUCAAUCACAGUACUAUCGGUUAUGAAAAGUUUUCCUGGAGUUUUAAUCUUUUUCUCGAUCUUGUACGGUGCUGGAACUGGAAUUACAAUGUCCUCAAAUGCUCUAGCUCUAAAUACUUAUUUCAAAAAGAAGAGAAGAAUUGCCACGGGCCUCAGUUGGACCUGUACAGGCAUAGGACCCAUUGUUAUGCCGCAAAUAAUUACAUUGUUAAUGCCUGUAUAUGGCGUGGAAGGUACCAUCUUCAUUUUCGGUGGUUUCACAUUUAACGCAGUUGUAUGUGCUCUCCUAUUACAACCUGUCUCGGAGCACGUAAAAAGAAGGCAAGGUACAGAAACAUUGUGCACUAACGACAAUAUAGAAUUCAAAGAAUUAGAAACAAUCGAUCAGGUAACAGCAGAGAUUAUUGACAAAAAAUAUCAGUCAUUAGAAAAUAUUGACGGAGAUACGCGAAAUAGUUUAAGUCUUGUGACAGAUAAAUUCGGAAGCCAGUAUUUGUAUUACGACGAUAAAGAAGAUGGCGCUUCCGGUAUAGAUGUAAUUGGUCCUGAAACAUCGAUGAUGUCUCGAGCUAACGACGGAUGGUUCUCUAGAAAAAAUACAUCAACUACGUCAAUAUCGUCUAAAACAUCGAAGAAGGAAAGCUCUUCGAGGAAUCUAAGCCGGAAAUCGUCGGUAAACUUGAGUAGACAAUCUAGUCUUAAUAGAGAAUCGUCGGUAAGAAAUCUUAAUAGUGAAACCGACAAAAGUCGAAGAAAAGUUUCGAUACUCCCGCUGAUCAUCGUUAAAGAAUCCUGCGAACAUACCGACGACUACGAGCAUUGUAAAGAUCCAAAUUGCAAUCACAAAAUAGAAGAAAAAUUAGUGGCAUCCGAAGAAAUCGAAACCGAUCAGCUGAUGAGGGAAGAAUGUGCUCAAGAGACGACGAAAAAAACGUUCCUGGAAACGUUGAUAAUUUUCUUCGACUUAGAUUUGCUCAGUGAUUACGUCUACGUGAAUAUGAUGUUGGGCAUUACGUUUGCGAAUUUCAGCGAAAUGAAUUUCGCCAUGUUGACACCGUUCAUAUUAGGCGAGUACGGUUUCUCGAAAAUUCAAGUGGCGACGGUAAUGUCGAUUCUCGGUAGCAUGGACGUUGCCACUAGAUUGAUAAUACCUUUCGUUGCUGAUUUUAUCGGAUGGCAAAAUAGAACGUUCUUCCUGGUUGGUGUCUGCGGAAUGGCCGCCGGACGCGUCGUUCUAGCACACGUUCAAGAUUUCGGAGUUAUUCUGGCGGUUGCAGUUCUAAUCGGUGCUGGAAAAGCUUUGCGGACAAUUUUUAUGGCUCUCGUCAUCCCGACUCACGUUCCCUUAUCAAGAUUACCAGGUGCGACCGGUAUUCAACUUCUAACUAGCGGCAUUAUUUCAUUAACGUUAGGACCAGUUGUCGGUUGGAUUCGAGAUAUAACUGCAAAUUACGCAAUUAUGCUACACUGCUUGAAUAUUUUCACGUACUUAACCGUAAUUUCGUGGUCGCUCGAAAUCUGUUUUACCAAACGAGAAGCGAAGAAGAUAGCAGAAGAGGAAUCGAACAAAUUGAAAGCUUAA